GGAUACAGAAGUUGAAUUCUAACAGGACUUGCGCGCUGAAUGCGAGAAUGACGGCAGCGGUGGAUACGACGCCAGUGUUAACUAUUAUAAAAUCUGAAAAAGCCGACGAUCUGGAAUGUGGAGAUGUUCCUCUGCUGACCCCAGGGAGUAAAGAGAUGAUGUCCCAGGCCCUGAAGGCCACCUUCAGUGGUUUCACCAAAGAGCAGCUGAGACUUGGUAUCCCCAAAGAUCCCCGACAGUGGACCGAGGCUCACGUACGAGAGUGGCUGAUGUGGACGGUAAACGAGUUCAGCCUGAAGAACGUGGACUUCCUCAAGUUCUGCAUGAACGGUGCCAACCUGUGUGCGCUGGGCAAGGAUCGCUUUCUGGACCUGGCACCCGACUUUGUGGGGGACAUCCUGUGGGAGCAUUUAGAGAUGCUACAGAAAGAGGAUCCGAAGCAUUUCCCCGUCAAUGGGCUAACCUCAGGAUUCCAGGAAUCUCGCUAUACCUCAGAUUACUUUGUUAGUUACGGCAUCGAGCACGCUCAGUGCGUCCCCCCCUCGGAGUACUCGGAGCCUGGCUUCAUCACAGAGUCGUACCAGACCCUCCAUCCCAUCAGCUCGGAGGACCUGCUGUCCCUCAAAUACGAGAACGAGUACUCCAACGUCAUCCUGCGGGACACGCCGCUCAACCCGCUGCAGGCCGACUACUUCUCCAUCAAACAGGAAGUGUCGCCCGAUAACAUGUGCGUGGGACGCAUCAGCAGAGGUAAGCUGGGCGGCCAGGACUCGUUCGAGAGCACAGAGAGUUUCGAGAGCUGCGACCGCCUGACGCAGUCGUGGAGCAGCCAGUCGUCGUUCAGCAGUCUCCAGCGCGUCCCCUCCUACGACAGCUUCGAUUCGGAGGAUUACCCCACAGCCCUGCACAGCCACAAACCCAAAGGGACGUUUAAGGACUACGUCCGGGAUCGCGCCGACCUCAGCAAGGACAAGCCGGUCAUCCCCGCCGCUGCCCUCGCCGGCUACACGGGCAGCGGACCCAUUCAGCUGUGGCAGUUUCUGCUGGAGCUCCUCACAGACAAAUCCUGCCAGUCAUUUAUUAGCUGGACAGGAGACGGCUGGGAGUUUAAACUCUCCGACCCUGAUGAGGUGGCGCGGAGAUGGGGCAAGAGGAAGAACAAGCCCAAGAUGAACUACGAGAAGCUGAGCCGCGGUCUGCGCUACUACUACGACAAGAACAUCAUCCACAAAACAUCGGGCAAGCGUUACGUCUACCGCUUCGUGUGCGACCUAAAGAGUCUUCUGGGCUACACGCCCGAGGAGUUACACGCCAUGCUGGACGUCAAGCCCGACACGGACGAAUAAAAGACCGGACUGGGUCGACCGGGGGCUGAUAACAACGGGUGUCCAAUUGGGUCCGAUCGAGUCCUGUUUUAAUUCCAAGUCAUGGUCCGGUUUUUGUUUGAGCUCAUGACUGCAACCAAAAGGAAGCAUUCCAAACCAAAGUCUAUAGUCUGUAGCGUGUAUUAUAUUCAUAUGCAGCUCCAAACAGAAAACUGCAGGUGGGUUUCGACCCCAACAGGACCGGAACGGUAGGAAGGACUUCCUCAAAAAGUGGACGUUAUAAGAAGAGCAGAAAGUUCUUUUUUUUUUUCUUUACGAAAUAUAUAUGUUGCCAAAAUUAUAGAGAAAGGAACAUCACGGUGAAAUAUUUACUAUACGUUA